CACCGGGGUGGAGAGUUUGGGCCGAGCCCCGGGAACGGGAGAAGGAGCGAGUCUGAUUCAGGAAGGCAAGCCUCUGACAUCAGGGGCAGGACGGAGUUGGAGUGAAACCUCAAAAAUGCGAGGCGUCGGCCAGCGGGAGGGCAGGGAACACAGAGGGCGCCUUUCUCGCAGCCGGAGGCAGGUACGCGCAGCGCGGGGCGGCCCCCGCUGACCCUUCACCUGGGCCUGGCCCGCGCGGGACCCGCAGGGGCUUCCAACGAGACACCAGGACCUCGCCCCUGCGCCCUAUCGCUGGUGCACAGGCAGCACCCGGCGGACCCCCGAGCAACCACGCCUGCAGGAAGGCCUCCAGUGGACUCAAGGAUUUCCCCCAUUUUGGAGAUGAAGAAGCUGAGGCCCAAAGUAACUGAGUGACCUUCUCGAGGACGCAUACUGAGAUCUGUGUUCUCCAUCAACACCUCACAUGCAGGCAGACAGACGCUUGUGGGAAGAAAGAAUGGAUGAAUGACUCUCUCCCAGCUAGAUACUAUGAAGGAUAUAGAGAUGAAUACUGCUCACUUUCAAGAAAACUGAAAGGACCUUUUCCCCUCUUCUCCCUCCUCAUAACCACUUCCACAACCACAAUCAAGGUGCUAUCCAUGGCAUGCCCAAACCCAAAUCUGGUAGAGGAAUAAGUUACAAGUGGGCAAUUCUGCAACCUGUCAUGCCCAGGCCUUGCUGGUGAGCUGAGAGGCUCCUCUGGUCCCGUUUAGCCAAGCACCAUGGAGAAAAUCAGCGCCUUCUUUAGCGCCAUCUGGGACACCAUCUCGGCCAAACACCAAGAGGGCCUCUUCAACAGCAUCUGUCUAGGCAUCCUCCUGGGGCUGCCCCUACUGGUGACCAUCUCCCUCCUCUUCAUCUGUUGCCACUGCUGCUGGAGCCGGGCAGGCAAAAGUGGCCAACAGCCAGAGCGAAACAAGGGGAAGAAAAAAAAGAAAAAGAAGAAGGCUGAAGAAGACCUCUGGAUCUCCGCUCAGCCCAAGCUUCUCCAGAUGGAAAAGAGGCCAUCACUGCCCAUCUAGUUAGACAGGAGGCAGAAGUGUCCUCCCCUGGGGGCUCAGCUGACUUCCAACCACACACAGGGUAGGGAGCAGAAAUCCCUGAAGUGAUGAACUCACAUCCACAGAGGAGCUACUCAACCAAGGAGCAAACCUCAGACUGAGUAUCCCCAUGGAGGGCACUCCCGGGGAACACAUGGACAAGUC